AUGGAUAGUGGUGAUGAGCUUACGGCGUCGCUGGCGGACCUCCUAAAGAACUUACCUGAUCCAAAUGGACCGAAACCGUUGUCUAAUUACCCUACUACCAUGAUGGGGGUCACAAUACCAUUUCAUGUGUUAAGCUGGCUUGUAGUCGCUUUUCGUCUACACACACGCAUAGUGGUUGUGCGUGAGCCUGGGUGGGAUGACUUCUUCGUUGUUCUGGCUGCUGCGUUCAACUUUGUGUCCAUAUUUGCGUUUUUAUCGGGUAUCGACGCUGGCUUUGGUCAACAUCUUGGCUACAUCCUCAAUAGCAUCGAAACCAUGAUGUUUUGGCUGUGGCUUACCAACGCCGCAUACCAUACCACCACCGCUUUCAUAAAGUUGUCGUUGCUUUUCCAAUACCUGAGGAUGUUCCGAGGAGGAAUUCGCCGAAAGGCCUGCAUUAUACUGGUCGUUUUCAUCGCCUUAUGGGGAGCGGCGUACUCGUUCAUCGCAUGGUUUCCAUGUUUUCCUGUUUCUGGAUUCUGGAACAGACACCAGACGCCAGUUCCCAAGUGCUAUGGUUUCGGCUACGCAAACAUAAACGACACAAAGCUCAUCAUAUUGGUCUUCGCUUGCACGAACAUGUUCUUUGAUGUGGCAAUCUUCAGUAUCCCGCUCACUGAGUACUUCAGAAAGGAUUUGAGGAAGAAGCAGAUCCUGGCUAUGACUGCGUUAUUCGCCAUGGGUUCCAUUGUCGUUUUAAUGGCCAUCCUCCGCCUCUGGAGUAUCUUCAAACAUAGCAAAGCCGACGGUGGCAUGGAUUUCACCUGGUGGUACCCCGAAGUGCUCAUCUUCUCCUGCUUAGAAGUCGAUUUUGCAAUCAUGUGCGCAUCGAUGCCCAUAUUCUGGCCCACCGUCGUCGCCUCCUGGAGUCAGAUCUUCGUCACAAAAGAAGUACGUGUCACACACCAACUGCUCGACGACGACGGCAGCGGGGAUCACUACGAGAUGAACAGACCAAGCUCCUUCAAGAGCCAGCACAGCCAGGAGGGCUUGACGAAACAGAGCAGUUAUUACGAAUUCGACGCAGAAUCGGCACGGAACAAAGAUGUCAGAGUCGCGCAGGUCGAGGUUCGACAGGCAACACAUAGAAUCCAUAUCGACACAUUUCCAUAG